GAUAGACAAUAAAAGCAAUUACACACAACACCCUCUCACAUGUAAUUUAUAUUCAUAUCAAUUCGGUUUCAUUACACCACAAUCCAAUUCAAACUGGAGACAUUUCUUUUUGACAUAGUGGCCAUUAAAAGACUAACCCUGGUCAUAAAUGUCUACAAGAUAUGAGAGACUUAAUCAAUCAAUUGGUCUUGUUCUCUCUUUCCACAUCUUUGUUUUCCUCUCUCUCGCUCUCUUACUCACACACACAGUACUGAGCCCAGGACAGGAUACUGAAUAAAACCGGUUUAGUAUAUCACUGGACAAUCUUUCCAAGCAUUUUACCUUUUGCUUUCUUUAAUUUCAAAGCAAGAAGGACAGUAAUAUAUCUAAAUGUCACAUUUUUUUUCCUGAAUGUAAGAGAGAUUAGACUGAAGUAUUGCCAGUACUUGAGAAUAAGAGAGUUAAAACAUUUGCCAUUUCAAAUAAGACAUAUACUGAGUGCGAAAUAGAUAGGUUUGUACAGAACGGCAUGCAAGUUCUACCCUGUACAGUAUAAACUGAAAUUCAGCUUAAAUUAGACCUUUAGCAUUCCAUUGAAAAUGUAUCAUAUUCACGCCCAAGAUCAGACUCUGCAGUUUUUAUUUGUGAUGCUAUGGGCUAAGUGAAACCCGAAAUAGAGCAUAUCUGGUGAAAACCUCUUCAAGAGUUGCAAAGAUAUAACUUGAGUGACAAAAUAAAGAAGAUAUAAAUCUAAGCUACAUAACUACAUUAAUUUAAAUGUUAUAAUAAUCUAUGGUUGUGCAUCAAAAAAAAAAAUAGUACAUCGAUUAAACACAAAAGUUGCCUAUUUAGGCCAGCAAUGAACAUCCUCCAUGACCCUCAUCAGCCUGCUUAGUUAAAAUCAGUGGCUAUUCUAGAUGGACAGACAGCUUUAUGAAGUUAACAGCGACACAUACACUGAGUGUACAAAACAUUAGUCUCUUUCUGAGGGCAAAGGAGGGUGUAACUCAAUACUAUGAAGCCGUUCCUAAUGUUUUGUACACUCAGUGUAAAUCAUUCAGUGUGGCUUCCCAACCUAUGCUAAAUUAUUCAGUUUGAUUGUGUAACAUUUGGUACCCUUUCAUUUCAGUAAAUAAAAGUAACUGCCCCUAAACCCCAGGAAUCCCUUUGAAAACAGUAUGUGUGGCAUUGAUGUCAGAAACAUUUAUUCUAGUGUCGAAAUUGACUAAAAAGUGUACAUUGGAUACAUUUGGUAAUAAAGUCAGUAUCGUCUAAAACGGAGUGAAACCUCCGUACUUCACAACGAGUAAAUGACGGUUGGGUUUGGAUUACGAUGUCAAACAUAUCAUGCCCGCUUUUUCCAAGCUCCACGUGCACAUCGCCCCUCCGCCCACGUCGCUUCCCUUCCUUGAAUGUGGCUUCAUUAUUUCAUCGCCCUCAACGCGUUCAAAGAAUCACGGCGUGAAAAGCCCAAUACGGAUUGCACAGCCAACAACUAUGGUUUGCAUGCCCUGCGGCUGGACCCUAUCACGCGGAAUAGGUGGUUGGAGUUUAUUGCGGUCUCCAGUGGUGAUAAAGUGCACAGUUGGGUGCCAGACUGAUCCCCUGGUCAUGAAUGGACCUACCAAAAGGAGCAAAGGGAGUACCAAGAAGAGUAUGCCAGAGGUGUGGUGGAGAGGACCUGGAACUAAAGCCAAGAUACACACCUACACUGGCAAUGCCAUGAACACCUACACAGGUCCUUCGUACGCCCCAGCAUCUAUCUACAUCGUCAGGCUGCGGUCCAGGGACCAGGACACCAGGGCUACUGUGUACCUCCAUGAGGGCUCUGGGACCUCCUGGGCCUUCCCACAGCUUCCCUCUGACUCCCGUGUCCACACCCUGGGUGUAGGAAUGACCAGUGUCACCCUCAGCUGGGCCCCCAGUGCCCCCCUCAAAAGGCUGCACACCCAUCGCAGCUAUGACUACUGUGUCCUCGUCAAUCGCAAACACAACUACCGCAACCUUUGUGCCGCCCAGGAGGGCAUCAGGAAGGAGCGGGAGAAAGACAAGAAAAGGGAGAAGGACAAACAGAGGAAAGUAACUGUGUGGCCGAUUCUCAAAGACUGGUGGUGGCAGCAGUGGGAUGCUGACACUGAGCUCCAGUCACCCGCUGCGCUCCGUGAUGACUAUGGUCAUCUUCAAUGUGUUUGUAAGGGAACAGAGAGCGUGUGCACGGUCUCUGAGCUCGUCCCUGACACGCAAUACUACUUUGACGUUUUUUUGAUUGACAGGCUAAAUGGAACCAGUGCCGCAUAUACUGGAACAUUCGCUCAAACACACGAGGAGGCCCGACCAGCUAUCACACCACUUAGGGAAGGGGAGCUCCGGUGGGUGACCUUCCGGGAUGGAGGCUCAACCUCUGGGGAGUUCUUUAGCUUCCGCCCCCGGGGCUGGCAACAGAGUGGCCUGCUCACUCUACAGAGCUGCGAAAGCAGUGAGAAGAUCAACAUCACUGUUUCCAGCAAGGGCAAAGAGCUCAGCUCCCAGGCUGUGGGAGAAAACCUGGCUCAGAUCUGGCUCCAGGGCAGCCCUUCCUACCUUAUCCACUUGGAGAAAGAGGGAACGGCAGCUCCCAGACAAGCUGCUCCAGGAGUGCUGAAGGCCUCUGUUAAGAUGCAGGCGUCCUCCACUUACCAUCGUCAAGGGAUACCUUCGCUCCCCUCCACUCUGCAGAUAAAGUCAUUCAACAGGCUCAGGAGCUGUGAAUCUGUCACCCUGGCCUGGAUGGGCACAGAGGAGAGGAGCCUUUACUGUGUGUACCGCCAGAGGCUGGGUAAGGGGGGUGGUAAGAAGGGAGGCACGGCACCCUGCCUGGGGCCUGAGUCACGGUUGGACACUGAGAGGGUCCUGUGUAAAUACUUCCAGGAGCUCAAUCCUCGACGGGCUGUCACGACAGCCGUGAUCGGAGGCCUGGAGCCUGGGGUGGCCUACAUAUUUGAUGUCUAUCUAAUGAGACGCUGGGGGAUCCCCAUAAAGUACAGCAGCAAGACAGUAAGAACCAGGAAGGAGUGCUGAGCUGCUGCCCACUCCUAGUCUCAGUCUGCAGCAGCAUUGGACUUAACAAAGAGGUGAUUUACAAAGACUUACCAUGAAAAAGUCAUUCUACUACGAGGGAGACUGUUAAGAAAUGUGGUACACCCUGUGAAGUGGUCACAUUUGAACACUGGUACUCAUGGAUUGGGUAGGAGUAGCAGAGGGGCGACUGCACACCAGCAAAAUUCAUUCCAUUUCAGUAACCUGUGCUUUUUGUCUUUUUGUUUAUAGUUGUUGAUGAUGUGCCAGUUGUCUAGGUACUAAUUGUGUGACUGAGUACAAAGGAGGAUAUACGUUUUUGAUUAAUACACAUUUUUAGUGAAGACUGUGCCAAAAAAUAUGCAACAGAAGCAGAUAGAGAUUUGAUUAUACUUUGCAAUGGGGAGAGAGAACUUCUGGCAAGAACCUACAGUAUAUAUUUAGUGCUGCAUUGUUUUGUUUCAAUAUUCUACAGGCUUAAAACACAGAUAGGGUAAUCUAUUGAUGCUUAGCGCAAAGUUAAUGUGUAUCUUGUGUUCUGCUUUCGCAUGAAGUAGAUAUAAUUUGUUAGCGACUAGCUUCAUUGUCGUUGAUGUAUUAUUGUGCUAUACUUCAAAUACACCAAUAAACACACAUUAGGUAUCUGUA